AUGUAUUCGUUUAACCUGCCCUUAUUCUUGAUCUUCAUCAUCCUCAUCGUCGGAAUAUGGUUAUGGAAACGCUACACCAACGAACGCCCCCAUGGCAACAAACUACCACCGGGUCCUAAACCAUUGCCUGUUAUUGGAAGCCUCCACUUACUAGGAAAGCUCCCCCAUCGCGCCCUCCACAAACUAUCCAAGAAGCAUGGUUCGAUCAUGUCUAUCCGCUUAGGCAACGUAGAAUCCAUUGUACUCUCAUCGCCUGAUGCUGCCAAGCUCUUUCUUGGAGACCAUGAUGCCGAUGUUUCGUCCCGUCCAAAACUCCAAGUAGCAAAAUAUUUGUCUUAUGGAAUCAAGGGAAUGGCGUAUACAGAAUAUGGUUCGCAUUGGCGCGCCCUUAGGAAAUUAUGCGCAAUGGAGUUUUUCAGUUGCGCAAAAAUUAACGCGACUGCUGACAUCCGAAGGGAGGAAAUUGGCAAGACGUUAGACGAGAUUAGAGGUUGUUCAAUGAAGAAUGAGGUUGUUAAUUUAACUGAGAUGGCGAAUUAUGCUAUGGGGAAGUAUAAAAGCAUAACUUCUUUUUUCAAAGGAAAGAACAAAGAACAAGUAGAGAGAAUUGUAGAUGGAAACAAAGAGAUUAAACGUCAAAAAACUUCAACAAGCGAACCGGUUAAUGAAGCGAAUAAUGAACCGGUUAACGAAGCGAAUCAAAACAUUCAACAAGAGCAUCAUGAUAUUCCUCAAAAUCCGACUAACAUCAAUGAAGUGGAUGUUAGUAGUCUAGAAAGAGAUCCUGUUAAGCGACUCGGAAUGUGGAAAUAUCUGGUUAAUAUAAGGGAGCAGUGUUAUCAAUGA